ACCACAAUACAAACACUUUAAGAAGUUAAAAAUUUAUCAUGGAGCUUGUGUCCUCAAAACCUUUUGUUAUGUGGAUACUUGUGGUAUGCAUUGCAAUGCUAGUUCUAUCUCCGGCGCUUGCAGAAGAAACACAAGAAACAUCAUCUGCAGUGAAACCAGACAAUAUUUUAGAUUGCAUAAAGUCUUUGGGGAGUGUGGGAGGAUGCAUCGAUGCGAUAAAAGAGUUGAUUUCCCAUAAUAAUUUUGCGAAUUUAGGGAAAGAAUGUUGCGAGGCUCUGACUGACCUUGGUGACAAUUGUUGGCCUAUAAUUUUUCCGGAUGAGCCUACUGUCCCUAUUCUGGUUAAGACUGGCAUCCACUGUAUUUUCGAAGUAAAAUUUCAAGAGCGAAGCAAAUUAUCGCACAAAACAGAUGCGCCAUUUAGGAACGGCUAUGGAAUUGUGAAAAUGCGCCAUGAAAGAGUCAGUAUCUUAGAACCUAAUUCUCUAAGGAAGCUGCGCCACCGAGAUAAUGGGGGGAAGUUCUUAAUCUGCUAUUUACGCCUGCUGUAUGAGCCUUGAUUGUUUGGGUUUUAGGUUGGCAUAAGCUGCAGAUUCCGGCUUAGUUUGUAUCUUCUCCUGUUGUUUUUCCUGAAGCCUUUUUCGGAGUUUUUGAUUUCUUAAGUGUUGUAGCUUUUGGUUUGUAUCUGGAGUUCCAAGGGAUGUAUUUUGUUUUGGGAGUAUUUCUUAUGCUCCUUUGCUAAUAUAUUUCAUAUGAUGCU